UUGCCAUCAAACGAAAAGAUUACCCGACCCAGUCCCUUUUCCAGUCGUUGAAAUUGGAAAGGGGUGUGUCGCAUUUUAGCAACCGAUUCACAAACAACAUCGUGCUUGUCUCCUACACUUUCUCCUUCCGUUUACACGAAUUCAUUCGAUUAUUUCUUGCGAAUCGCCCUCCUAGCCAUACUCGAUGCUUCAGGGAUUUUAACGAGAUCCGAAUCGGUAAGCAACUUUCUUGAUUAUGGUCGCUUUUGUUCUUCGACUGUAUAAAAUUCAUAUGAUAUAAAUGGAUCCAGUCCAAACAAAUUUUGGUUAUUUCGCGGACGAGAUUAUCCUCGAAAUACUAGCAAGAUUACCCAUCAAAUCCCUGUUUAGAACCAAAUGCGUAUGCAAACUCUGGUACAAAUUAGCCUCACACAAAUCAUUCACACAAAUUUAUAAUGAAUCAUCUGUGAAAAACGUCAUGGUUCUUGUGGAAGUUACAGAAUCGUCAAUAGAAUCAACAUCAAGUCUGAUUCUCAUUGAUAACAAGAGAGGUGUGUCUGAAUUCUCAUUGGAUUUUAUCAAAGACAGAGUCAAAAUUAGGGCUUCUUGCAAUGGAUUAUUAUGUUGUUCUAGUGUUCCCGAUAAGGGUGUUUAUUAUGUUUGUAAUCCUAUGACUAGAGAGUUCAAAUUGCUACCCAGGGUUCGAGAAAGACCCAUAACUCGGUUUUACCCUGAUGGUGAAGCAACCCUUGUGGGUGUUCCUUGUGAUUUGUUGAACAACAGAUAUAGUGUCGUUUUGGCUGGAUAUCAUCGCAUGUUUGGUCAUAGACCCGAGGGUAAACUAAUAUGUUCUGUUUAUGAUUCUGAGUCAAAUAAGUGGAGAAAAUACGUAUCUGAUCAAGAUGAUCAUGGUUUCACCCGUAUGAAUCGCAAUCAGGUUGUGUUUGUGAAUGGUUCACUUCAUUGGAUGACUCAAACUUUUGCUUACAUUCUUGUUCUUGAUUUAAAUUUUGAUGUAUGGAGAAGGAUAUUGUUGCCAGAUGAAAUGGGAUGUGGGAAUGGAAGUGGGAAUAGGGUUUACUUGUUGGAAUUAGAUGGGAAAUUGUCAGUGAUUCAGAUUUCUAGUGUUUGGAUGAACAUUUGGGUAUUGCAAGAUUACGAAAACGGACAUUGGGAUUUGAUUGAUCGUGUGAGUUUGCGUUGUAUUCGUGGAAUGGUGCCUGGGAUUUUCCCGAUAAGUCAAGGGGGUGAUUAUGUCUUUCUUGCUAGUCAUAAGCAGGUUUUGGUGUAUCAAAGAAAGACAAGAAUUUGGAAGGAAAUGUACUCUGUGAAGAACAAUUCCACAAUGCCCUUGUGGUUCUCUGCGCAUUCUUUUGGUGGUACGAUUCUUUCGUGUCGUUAAUUUGCGUAAUGACUAAUUUGCCCCUGUUUUGUACAGUUUCUGUUGGCUUUUCAUGAUUGUGAGUGAAUUCUGUUGAAGAAAAUGAUUGGUAUUAUUGUACAUAACUUACAUGUAGUGGAAUGCAUUGCAAUGCUCUCUCUCUC